AUGUCCGACACUGAAGCCCCAGUUGAAGUUCAAGAAGAAUUCGAAGUUGUUGAAGAAUUCACUCCUGUUGAAUUGGCUACUCCAAUCCCAGAGGAAGUCCAACACGCUCAAAACGAAAUUAAGUUGUUCAACAAAUGGUCUUUUGAAGACGUUGAAGUCAAGGAUGCUUCCUUAGUCGACUACGUCCAAAUCAGACAACCAAUUUUCGUUUCUCACACCGCUGGCCGUUACGCCAACAAGAGAUUCAGAAAGGCCCAAUGUCCAAUCAUCGAGAGAUUAACCAACUCUUUGAUGAUGAACGGUAGAAACAACGGUAAGAAAUUGAAGGCCGUCAGAAUCGUUAAGCACACCUUGGACAUCAUCAACGUUUUGACCGACCAAAACCCAUUGCAGGUUGUUGUUGACGCUAUCACCAACACCGGUCCAAGAGAAGACACCACCAGAGUAGGUGGUGGUGGUGCCGCUAGACGUCAAGCCGUUGAUGUCUCUCCAUUGAGAAGAGUCAACCAAGCCAUUGCUCUUUUGACCAUCGGUGCCAGAGAAGCUGCAUUCAGAAACAUCAAGACCAUCGCCGAAACUUUGGCCGAAGAAUUGAUCAACGCUGCCAAGGGUUCUUCUACUUCUUACGCCAUCAAGAAGAAGGAUGAAUUAGAACGUGUCGCUAAAUCCAACCGUUAA